AUGGGUGUUGCUGGUCGAUCUGAUAAUUUCCCUAUUCAUGUUACCUGUGGGCUGUGGGCUGUGGUGAUAGAUACAGAAAGUGAUGAGUUAGGCGAUGACUCAAAUGAGGAUGAUGAUGAUGAUGGGAUAGGAGACUUGCUACGUGACAUCGGUAGUUUCUUUAACGAUUGUCCUAUUGAGAAAAACUUGAAAGUUUCUACAGAAGAAGAUUCUGAUGAUGAAGAGAGUCUUAGAAUGACUCCUGCAGAUAUUGAGGAAUGUCACAUAAAGUCAUUAGACAGAGAUGAUGUCGAACCUGAUGUAGUAGAUGACACUUUGUUGAAUACAAUGCGAGGUUUAUACGAUGAAGUAGAAGAGUUAGCAAUAAAGGAUAGCAAAAAUGAAGAUGAUACCUUGGCAGAAUAUUGCACCGAACAUGAUGAUGAACAAAAUGAUGAUGACAAUGAUUUAUUUUAA